UCUGCUCAUGUCACUACAUAAAACUAUCAGAUGGUUCGAGGAGGGCCAUGGAGGCGUCAUUCACUUAGUCCAGGACUCCUCAAUGAAGUCUAGCGAGCUCCUUUAGCGGGACCAGCUAGGAAAAAGACGUCCAAGCAAGCGGUUCCUCUCCAUUGAUGUGCCGACUCUUCACAGGCGCACAGGCCGGGAAAGCAACUCCUGCAUGAAGAAACUCGCACCGAGGAAUUAAGGGUGACUACCUUUUUUUGUUUUCUGGUGAAAUUGAUCAAGGAUGCCUCGUCCGGGGAGAAACACGUACAGCGACCAGAAACCUCCAUAUUCGUACAUCUCUCUCACGGCCAUGGCCAUCCAGAGCUGCCCGGAGAAGAUGCUCCCCCUCAGUGAAAUCUACAAGUUCAUCAUGGAUCGCUUCCCGUACUACAGAGAAAACACGCAGCGAUGGCAGAACUCGCUGAGACACAACUUAUCCUUUAACGACUGCUUCAUUAAGAUCCCCCGGCGUCCAGACCAGCCGGGCAAAGGCAGCUUCUGGGCGCUGCACCCCAGCUGCGGAGACAUGUUCGAGAACGGCAGCUUCCUGAGGCGCCGUAAGCGCUUCAAAGUGUUGGGCGCCUCCGACCACCUGGCUCCGAGCAAGCAGUCAGACGCCGCCCACUACCUCCAACAGCAGGCCAAGCUGAGGCUCAGCGCCCUGCAGGCGGCCACCGGCACGCACCUGCCCCAGAUGUCCACCUACAACCUGGGGGUGUCCCAGACCUCUACGUUCAAGCACCCCUUCGCCAUCGAGAACAUCAUUGCGAGAGAGUACAAAGUCCCAGGAAGCUUGGCCUUCUCCACCAUGCAGUCCAUGUCUGCUGGCUACCCGCUGCACAACCAGCUCACCACGGCCUGGCCGCACAUGUACAACAGCAGCGUGAUGGACACGGCGGCACCCAUCUCCAUGGCACCCAGCGACUACAGUGCCUACGGUGUGCCCAUCAAGUCCCUGUGCCACGGGGCGCAGACUUUGCCCGCCAUCCCGGUGCCCAUCAAACCCACGCCGACCUCAAUGGCGGGAUUCUCGGCGCUACCCCCGCACCUGCCCGCCUUCCUGUCCAACUCGCCCCAGUCUCUGAGCCCGACAUCUCCACAGACAGCCACCAGCCAAAGCAGCCCCGCCACCCCCAGCGAGACGCUCACCAGCCCGGCCACCCUCCAGUCGGUGGCCGUGCACUGACCUGCUGGACCCCCAAUAACCCCAAACGAACUGCUGGUACCGAACCCAAAGUUUAUAUAUCUGUGUCGUCGGACUAUUCAAGGCGAGUUGCAUAUUGAUUCACUUGUGUAUACGUUGAAUGUGUCGCUUUAAAUCGUGUCCUAAAAAUUCCAGCACAGAAUCUUGCAGUAUUGCUCUUCAAAAAAAUAUAAAUUAUUAUUUGAAAGUUCCUAUUGACUUUAACGUGUUGAAGGGAACGUUUGUUUCAGGCCACUUGGAAGGUUUUCAGUUUUUAUACUCGCAAAACUUUUGCACACUUUGUGUGACCACCGUGAAACUGAACUCUGAAGAUGUAGAGAUGGGUGAGGGUAUAAACCAAAUAGGUUACAAUUCCCUGUAAAAAAACUGAAAAAGAUAAAAAAAGAAAGAGAUUAAAUCUUUCCAAUAUUAAAACAGUCUUAUUGUGAGACGUGCUCAAAAAUGCAAGAUGUGAAUAUUGCAAAUAACUGAUACCGAAAUGUUGUAAAAUGCACUUUUUAGUUUUAGAUAUCUAUUUUCCAGAAAAAAAACAUGUUCUGUGAAGCAUUUAAUUUAAAAGGCUGUGGUGACCACGUGGAUCAGUUGCUGUAAAUUUGUACUUUUUUUUUUUAAAAAGGUGAAGCAUGCAUUCUAAACAAAAAUGUGUUGUUACUGUUCAUGUUGUUCAUGUUUUGUUUUAUUUUCGUUUGUUCGUUUUGCAAGCAUGUGUGCGUUUGAAAAGUGCAAACAGUCUGCAAGGAAUUGGAAAAAAUGGUCAUCCAAAUAUUUUCUCAUUAAAAGUGAAGUAAACAAUCAGGGUGGUUCAGAUUAUUUCAUUAAACCUAAUAAAAUACUGUAAAUCGAAAUUUCAUGCUAAUUUAACUCUGUCUGCCAUAAUGAUAUUUUGUCAAUAAUAACCGUGGUUAUUACAGUGAUUAUCUGGUAUUCUAACCUGUAUGAUUUGAGUGUGAGACUUUCCUCGAAGCAGACAGACGUGAUUUGUGCGCUCCAUUAGAAUGCAUGGUGCACCCAUGCCAUGGCCACAGCGCAGACAAGUGUGCUCAUUCAUCAAGCUGCAAAAAAAAAGUGUAACAAUAAACAUUCAACAUGCAAUUUCACCUCAGAUUGGCAUUAUUUUUAACGCAACUCAUUUCAUGGGUUACAGUAAUAACGCGCGCAGAUGUGUUUUUUCCUGCACCUGCACUUGUGCACACUUAAACCGUUUUAUAAAUGCUGUACCACAAAACACGUUCUACAUUUAAAUGGAAUCUUUUCUGUGUUAUUUUUAAAUAAACCCAAUGGAGCGUCAGUCCAUCGAAGGGUAUUAAACGAAUACAUUCCGUCACUUUAUGCAAUGGACUAGAUCAAAUAAAGGCGAUCGGGCCACUUCAUUCUGCCUCAUUCACUCGGAUUGAAAGUGCAAAGAAUAGCAAACUUCAGCUGGGCCACCAAUGUAGAUUUAGCCUUUUUUCAGCAAGACAAAAAGACUGAUUUUUUUCACAAACACAUUGCUGACUGGGGAACUAGGAAACGAGCUGCGAGACCCUUUUGGAAUUUAAAUCUGCACCCCUCCCCCGUGGACUGUUUGUACAACAGUGUCACUUUUUUCUCUCCUCACUUUUGUGUUGUGUGUGCAACAUUAAGUCCUGACUGAUUGCUGAUAUUGGAGCUGCAACAACACUUUACAAGCUUUUAUUUUUUGUCUUAAAAAAGAAGGGAAAAAUUAACUGAAAAAAACAAAAUUCCUUUCUGUUUACUACUAACUGUACCUAUUUAGUUAGUAGUUUAUACAACUAAACACUGACGGUUUGUGCUCUGUACACAUAUAUUUAUUUUACAAAACCAAAUAAUUG